GUGAAUAGUCCGCAAAUUUGAUGUGUAAAAAAUAGGAAAAAUUAACAAAUGUAAAGGACAUUUUGAUAAAAGCCAAGUUAUGUUAGAUAGAAGCAAACAAAGCAGAUCUUGUGGAGUGAUAUGCAGUGGACAGUACCUACAAAAAGUGAUCCAAGGAAGGACAACUUGAAAACUAGUGACAAAGUCAUUGAUGCAACAGCUAGCCAGUCUGGUUUGACCCUAUAGAGCAGCUACUGUAGCACAAACUUUUAAAAUUGUUAAUGCUGUCUCUGAUUAAAAACAAAGUGCUAGAAUACACAGUGUAUCACAGCUUCAUGCUGUGCAACUGCAAACUGGGCAGAUUGCCCAUGAUGACUUCUGUCCACCACAAAACACGUGGGCCCUUGAGCAUCAGAACUGGAUCAUGAAACAAUGGAGGAAUGUACCCUGUUCUGAUAAUCAUAUUUUCUUUAAAAUGUAAUGGCUGGGUGCAUGUUUAUUGCAUACCUAGGAGAAAGAUGGAACCAGAAAACUAUGGGAAAAAGUCUAGUAGUGUGAUACUCUGGGGAAUAAUCUGCAAAAACCUUGGGUCCUAGCAUUUAGGUGGAUUUUGCUUUAACAUGUGCCACCUCUCUAAUAGCAGUGGUUUCUUUCAGCAGGAUAAGGCACCCUGACUCAAUGUAAAAAUUGUUCAGGAAAUGCUGUGGGAAACAUGACAAAAGAGAUCAAGGUGUUGAUUCAGCCAUUCCCUAGUCAAUCUGAGUAUGUGUGGGAUAUGCUGGACAAACAUCUCUGAUUCAUUGAGGCUCUACGUCAGAACUUAAGCAAUAUGGUGUCUUUUAGCGCCAGAUGUAGCACAGUUCUUGUAAGAAUAGAGCUGUUCUGAUGGCACAAGGGGGACCUACACAAUAUGAGGCAGGUUAUUUCAAUAUUAUGGCUGUUAUUACAUUAAUGAACCUUUAAUCUUAUUUCAAACAAAGGUCCAGUAUUAUUAUAUUGUUAGUUCUUAUUAUGUUGUCAACCUUUGUACAUGUGCAUGCUUGAAUGGCAGCAAACAUAUCAGUGACAGCCGCUUAAGGCCUGUGAAUAAGAGUUGAUUAGGUCAAUGAGUGUGUGCAUGUGUGUUUGUGUAAGAGUGUGGAAUUUCAUUAUGUAGUGCAGCGCUGUGGUUUUGAUCCCUGAUUAGAGAUCUAAUUACCUAGUUUAGACUGUAAGUAGUCUAUUUGCACUUUGGUGCUGGAACUGAACCAUGUUUGGAUUAGUGUGUGCAUAUGUAUAAAUGAAUGUGUGUUUGCAAAUCCUCUCUGUCAGGUGGAGAAAUGUGUGGUCUGGUUCUCAAGUGACAAGGUUAAUUUAAACUCUAAUAAUAGGCUUUUGGAUGUCAGCUUGCAUUUUGUAUCUCUGUGUGUUUGGACCAUAAUGUGCAUCACCCGUGGGAAAAUUGUGACACCAAAACGUGUAUUAGAAAGAGAAUAUAUGGUUCAUUUAACUGGCAUUUAUUAUGCAACAGCUGUGGAUGAUAUGGAUCUCAAAUAAUGAGUGGAUGAAGGGAGGACAUAUCAUCUCUAAGAAUAGCUUCUGUUAAUUGGGAGUAAAUCAAGGACACUCACUGGGGAUUCAGACCUUUCUAUUAAAUUAAGGCCAUUAAAGAGAUGAGUAGAAUUACUGAGAUUAGCAUGAUGGAUGCCUUUAUAUACAUUUUUUUCUCAACUGUUAAAUGAAUUCUUUUUUUUUGGCAAUACUUCUGCUUAUAAUUAAGAGUUUUGUAUAUAGAGGUUAACAAAUGUGUGUCAGUAUUUGCAUUAUAUUUUUCUGUUUUUUCCCCACCAAAUAUUCAGUACAAUAGUAAAUAAAAUAAAGGUUUCCACAAAAAGACAACAAUUUCUGUAAAACAAACAAAUAAAUAAAUAUGGAAUUAAAAGGCAGCAAAUAUUUUUUCUAAUCAUAACUCUGUGAGGGUUUCUUCAGAUGCUGCUAAUGCCUACGUAUUUUACUGUACAUAAUUUUAGAAAUAAAACGAAUGCACAUUUAAAAGUUUGUGUACUAGAAGAAAAAAAGUAAAAAUAAAUAAAUAAAUAAAAAGCAGUAUAGAAAAUCUUAUUUUUUACCUCAAUAUUUGGUUUAAAUGUUGUUCUAAUUUUGGUCAAAUUGUGUGGCAAAAUUUAAUGUUUAAAUGGAAUAGGGAAAAAUACUUUCCAAAAAGAAAUAUAACAGUCUAAGUCAUAUACAAAUAUUCAAUGUCUUUCUCCAAGCCAUGGGCGCUGGACGCUUAACACAAGUUUGCAUACCGGUCCAUCCAGGAGGAAAAAGAAACACGUGUAUUUUAUCCACAAAUUAUAACCCUUUAAUAUCUCUAUUCAAAAAUAAAAAAAUAAUGUGCAUACAGUGAGUUCAUGUAUUCUCUAUUGAUUUCAAAAUUGAUAUGAUCUUCCAACGUGCUGUUUUCAUGAGUCGUAAAAUCUGCCCCUAGCCACGCCCGGGAUCUUUGAUGAUGAUGAUGAUGAUGAGCACCUAAUUACCCUCAGAUGAUGAUGAUAUAGGCGCUGUGGGCUUCAGCUUUCUCUGAAACAUUCUGGGUCUUUGUGCAGUCAGGGCCUGUCUCUGGCUUUUUCACAGGUGGUACAAGCUUAAUUCUAAAACUGGCAAAAAGGAGAAAGAAAGAGGGGAGCUUCAGCUAACUGUGCAGUUCACUCGCCAUAAUCUGACAGCCAGCAUGUAUGACCUCUCUUUGAAGGACAAACCUCGGUCAGCCUUCAUCAGGCUGCGUGAGCGCAUGCGUGCCCGGAAGCAUGGUGGGGAUGAAGAGUCUUCCUCGGCCGUCGUGCCUGGGGGUUACGGGACGUUAACGCGCACGCGAAGCCGUCUGCCAAGUGAUGGUGGUGGUGAAGAAGACUAUGAGGAUGAUGAAGGAGGGGAGUUGAGAAGGAGUAAAAUGAGGAGUUAUUUUCUCCAUGGACGGUUACGCAAGUCUUCUGACACGCGCUCUAGCACGUCUUUAGGUUCGGAAAGCAGCGAGUCGUCUUCUAGGGGGGGCAGCCUAAGUCCAACUGCUGGCAUCAGUGUAGUGGUCUCUGACCUCUCCAAUUCGCCAAGUAACAGCAGCAACCUGACUGCAGACAACAGCCCAGAGCACACAGUAGCUCCCUCACCACUAGUCUCACCUGUCAAAAGUGUGUUUGAUGAGGUGUGUGACCUUAGCAUCUCAGUGCCUCAUUCCUUGACCACUGACAUUGAUGCCCCCAUUCUCCUGCCCUCUGUAUGUGUUAAUGGAAAUCCAGUGGAAACCUCUCCUCUAACUCACCAACCCCCCUCACUGGUACUACAACAGCCAAGGCUACAGAUAGAGACCCAACAAGAAUCACAGCAAACUCCUCAGUCAAGCCCACCAGAGAAAAGCAAAUCUACUCAGGCCCAAACAGCCCAGCACUCAGAAAUCAAACCUCAAUCCAGUUUAGAGUUUCAGAUUCAGCAGCCUAAAGUGGAAUCUAAAUCUAAGCCUGACGUGCAGUUCCCUGCAUUAGGGCUGCUGCAGAAGGGGUCUGCACUCUCUCUGUCGUUGCAGAACCUCUCUCGGCAUAAAGAGAAACAGCAGGGCGGCGGGCCUGUAGAUGGCCGUCGCUGGUCUUUUGACAAACCAGGAGAGGAGGAGAAGGCGGCCAUUGCUGCUGCACUGGAGCAUGCUGGGCUGAUUGCCGAUGAACCAGUGAUUGAGAAGGUUGCGUCUGUAAGUGAGAGAGAUGUUCAGGGCAAGAAGAAGCGAAGCUUGUUCUCUCAUGCACGAGGAGAAAAAGAGGAAAGUGGUCCUGUUCAGCCAGCUGCAGAGGGAAGACACAGAGGCUGGUUCAGCUCUAAGGACCCAUACAGUAAACCAAGCUCAUCCAUCUAUCAACCUGAAGUGCCUGCAUCCAGACCAAGAAGCCACACCCCUCCUUUACACUUAGAUGAAGCUGGAAAUGCAAAAGGAGCCCUAAUGGAUGGAUCAUCAGAUAAUCUAACCAGUUCUUUUUGCAGAACUAAUGUGUCUGGUGACUCUUACAAAUAUACUCAGUGGGAUGAUUUCAUUGAUGGUCGACUAAAGCUAAACUCGAAGAUUAAUAGUCAGAUGUUGAAUGUGCUUCCUUCUUGCUCAAUUGAACCAACAAAUCCAACUCCCACUUGUGCUGAAGGUGACCUUCAAUCUCAUGUUGAAGCUGAAGCUAAAUUUGUACGCUGUAGUAUGCAGAAGGUUGAUCUCUGCGAGUUUGUUUCUCGGGAUGCUUUAGAAUCCGAAAUUGACUCCUCAUUGCCUCAAAACUCAAGCAUAGAGUUCUCUGAACUCAAUGCUUUAGCAUGCCCUUACCCUACACUUCCAGAAUUUACAAUUAAUAAUGAUAAAUUCAGCGCAGUCUCAUUUUUCCAAAAGAAUACAUCAAAUGCAAUGCCUGUGUCAUCUGUGACACUUGAACCCUCAGCACCCAAUUCUGAAUCACCUGGAUAUUUAGCCCGGGGUGAAAAGUCUGAAGACAAAACUAGAAAAUCUAUGUCUUCUGAGAGGCAAACGGAUGAUGAUGACGCUAAAGGGUCUGUUGAAAUCCAGAAUACAUCUCUGUUUUACAGUAAUUUUGAUAUUCUGGAAGAACUUUCCAUUGUGGCACCUGAAUCUUCAAGCAGGAGUUGUAAUGUCCCAAAGUGCCUACCAAAAGAACAGAAGAACUUUGAAUCGGAAGGUGAUCUUGGAACAGGAGAUGGAGAUUUGGAAUUGGUGGCGUCUCCUAUUAAAGAAAGAACAUGCUUGGAUGUCAUUCCAGCAACAUAUACAUUAGGGUUGUCUAUUCCCUUAGGACCCAGUGCGUCUGUGUUGCAAGGAAAACUGACCAUAGAAAAAGAUCCUACAGGUAAUCCAGUGUGUGAACCACUGAACAAAAGUGAAGUUAAUUUUGAAGAGGAAGGUUUUUAUCGCAAGAACUUGAAUGUUCUUAUGGAUUCUGCUUCUACUAACUCAAGCAACAUGUCACUUGAAAGGGAUAAAUGCAGUGAUUCAUCUAGUAAUCUAUCGAAGGGAUUUUUCAAGAAUAACAGUUUACCUGAAACUACUGUCCUAAAACACUGUGAGGUGGAGACACCAAAAGGUAACAGAAACAUACUAUCUUCACCACUGUCUCCCAAGAAUGUGCUCUCUGAUAGCCUGUAUAAGAGUGUAGAUUCGGAGCAAUACCUAACAUGUAUGUCACAGCAUACUUCUCUUGCUGUAUCUCAACUCUCUCCAGUGGCCACUCUGGAAAAUUACACAUUUCAAGAAGCCAACCUAAAAUCCGGUUUAACCCAGGACAUUUUGACAACAAAUGACUUCUCUCAAAGGAUCAUAUUGAAACUGCAGCAAGACCCAGCUGAGAUUUCCCAAAAAGCUUCACCAAAAAUGUUGAAAUUUACAAAAUGUGUUGCUUCCCAGAACACUUUAGAAAAAGAGGUCAUAAUGGAUACUGUUGCAAAUGGAUCAAUACAAAAAUACAAUCCCCCAAUGGACUCUGUUAUGAAACAAGAUUUGCUACAUGAAAGUAUGCCUGAUGUCUUAGACAUGAUGCCAAAAGCAGGGGAAAAUCUUUUAAUGUUAGAUUCUCAUAUGUAUAGGGAUGAUAUUUCCUCAGCUCUGCCUCAUCGGUUUCACCAAGUGCAAUGUUCUGAUGCUUUAGAGGACCUGGAGCUUAUCACAGAUUUUUGUCAGUCACCUGAAAAUAUGUGCAAUUCUGAUUUUGCAUUCAAGCCAAACUCUAGCAUUAUUCACGACUUGGUUAAAACAGAUUUGCCCCUGGAGAAUGUGUUUGUGGCCCAACAUGCUGUGACACAUUCUGUUGGCACAAGCCCUGUCGCAUAUCCUGCACCUAGGGAGACUUUCACAAACAUGGAAUUGUGUCUUGAAGUAUCACAACGAAUUAAAAAUGCACAAGAAACAAGUACAACAGCUUUUGUUUCUCAAGGGGAGUAUUUGGACAUUGAUGUAAACUGGUCUACUAGUCAACCACCACCCCCUGAACCCGCAGUGGUGGGCAGGCAAACUUCAGGGCAUGAUCAAUUGAUGAGCUCUCCAUUAUCUUUGCUUGACCUCUCACCACUUGCUGCAUCUACACCGCAUGUGGCCGAAGAGAUUACUAGUAUGCCAUUGUUCCCCUUUCCUGUGCCCUCUGUCACAGCAAAAUUGCAGCAUACUGCACUGGCUACUGACGCUUUUCCAACUUUGCUUGCUGCAUCACAUAAUUCUUUUCCUCAGAAAGAACAUCAGGUAGACGGUCAUCUAAGCAGUCCACAUCUAGUGAAGCCUUUGACACCUCCAGAUGAGAAGAGAUCAGAAGGACGGUCUGUGCUGGAGAAGCUCAAGUCCACCAUUCAUCCAGGUCGAAGUCAUCAAGGAGACCAGGAACCUGACAAGAAGCUCUUGGUGGAAGGUGGAGGCUCCUACUACCAUCUGAACCACAGUGAACUGGUGUCACUCCUGCUACAAAGGGAUGCAGAGCUCCAACAUGAGAGGGAAGAGUAUGAGCGCAGUGGCCUUCUGCUAGAGAAGCGGGAGAUGGAGAUAAAGAAGAUGAAAGUUUUAAUCAAAGAUCUAGAGGAUUAUAUUGACACUCUGCUAGUCCGCAUUAUGGAACAAACACCUGCACUGUUGCAAGUCCGUUCCAAAAUAAAAUGACCCAGUAGAGUCAGUAAACAUUUCACUGUCACUUCACAAAUCUUCCACAAUCCCUAGGCAGAAGUUGCAACCCUGCACUGCUACUGCAACCAUGUAAAUGUAGAAUGAAACAUUAUUGUACAGGCACAGGAAAGAUUAAUAUCUAGCAUUCUUCGCUGUCUCAAAAUACAGUGUCGACCUAUUUGAGCCUCCAAUAUCCCUUGCUCCCACUAUUCUAAUAAGAAUUUCAAAGAAAUUUCACAUAGUUGCUCACUUUCCCUAAACAAAUGUGUGAGGGGCAUCUGUCCAGCUAGUUACCAAAGCUGCCUGUCACUUAAAGGAAAGUACGGUCUGGUUUUUGGAAACGUGUGUGAAUAGUCUUUGCUGCUUAAAGUAAUGCAUAAGCCAACUUUUAUUUUUUUUUGUUCUUCCAUUCCUCGCACAUUGAUGGGACCCGUCUCAUUUAAGCUCAUAAAACUAUGCUGCUUGAACAGGCUGAUUCUAUAGACAUUGUUAGAGAAAAAAAAAUUGCUGCGAACGAAAGCAGAAUCGGUCAGUUCACAUCUGCUUGUGCCUCAUGUCAUGUCUUCCGCACUUUACUGAGAAACAUAAGGGUAGAGGCACACACUAACAUGCUGGCUUCCCAGUCUAUGUUCGUCAACCAGUCCCUCUUUCCAUUCUGCACGAGCUAACAUGCACACAUUGCUGCCAGUGCUUUCAGGUGUAACGAACAGGAUAUAUACCGUUCUAACUGCAUAUAUGCCACUCUGGUGAAAUGCCAAAUGCUGCCUUAUCAUAUGUCUCUGUUCUGUUAUUGGUGAAACCAUCACUUUUCAGCUAUGUACCUUUCUGUGAGUUGUGACUGUAAGGGACUGUGUGUUCAGACCUGAUUGCCAACAGACUGUUAGGGUAAAUCGGGUAAUGUCAAAGGCUAUUACUGCCUCAGUGUUGAGCGAUGAACAAACAGUACUGUCUAUAAGAGAGGUGGAUGAUUAUGGAAUACUUAAUGUACGAACUUGCUAUAAUUCAGUGUCCCAGUAUUCCCAGUGCAGCCAUGGCUCCGGCCUGUGUCAAUGUGCCUGCAGUGUUACUCUGAUGUUACUCGGAUGUUUCCACUAUCAGUGUUUUUCACAGUGUAGCACCAUCUGUAGUUGUGUGGUAGCGGCCUGUGUAACAGCACUUUUAAGCCACACGUACACUUAAUUAAAUGGUUCUUCCUCAAAAGCAUAAGUACUGAGCGAACACAAAUACAUGCACAUAUACACUGCACUAGCUCAUUCUCUGAACCUAAGAUAUUUACAGUAUUCAUGUGCUACUGUAAUUCUUCUAGUCCAGCUAAGCUAGAAAAUCAGAGAUCUAUAUAUAACAUGUAACUUGUCAGAAAACAUAUAAUUAGAAUCAUUUAAGGUUUUAAAUCCUCUAUAUUGACUUUUGAUCUCUAGCUCUUAGGUUGUGCUUGAUGUAAAGUGAGUGAUUUAGACUGGUAUGGUACCGUGUCGUUUGAGUGGACUCGUGGCAUAUUAAUGUCAGUCAGAGACUAAAGUUUACAAUUCUUAAUAAACCUCUUGUUUUAUCUUUGUCCUUAUUUAAAGAAUAUAAUAUUUAUGCUUUGGUUUCUUUCUAUUUUUUUUUUACAAAUUAAUUUGCUGUUCCAUUGAAGUUAUGUAAAGUUCUAUUAUCUGUUCUAAACUCACAUUUGUGUCACAAUUACUUUCUCACUUUUUGCUGUUUAUUUUUGUCCUUUUAGGCUUUACCACCUUUUAUUUUUAAUGCCCUGUUUUGAGAAUAAGCUGUUCGAUCAAUCUAUGACGAUGUUCUUUGAGAUGUUUUCACAUUUUCCCCUUAGUCUUUUAAUGUACUGUAGAAAGCAAUAGUGCCGAGUGCUAGAGAACUGUGAAAAACCAGAUGCAGCCUGCAGUCCAGUUAGGAGGUACAAGUGCCCUUGACUUAAUGUCAUGUUAUAGAAUGUGUUGGUGGAAUGAAUAUAGAAUAUUUUAAUUGUUAAUUUGGUCAUUAAAGCUGCAUUUCUGUAGCAGAACCUCUGGUAAGUUUGUUUGAAAAUAAAAAACAUUAUUUGUGUUUA